GGGUUUGAGAGUCCUUCCAUCCACAACAACAGCCAGGUCGUACGAAAAUAGAUAAAAUAAAGCUGUUUUAUGUGAUUUGCUUAUUGUUACGCAUUGUUUAAAGCUUAAAUACGUUGUUUCAGCUCAUUUGCCUGGAAGGUUUUUCACGAGAAGCAGAUAAAAGUUGUUUUAUUUGAGUUAAUUAAGCUCACAGCCUUCUGUCAUUUCUCUCAUGAGGAGCCAGAGUUAGCCUUUUGCCAGGAUGGAGCCCCUCAUCUCUGCCCCUCAGACACAGUCAGAGCCCCUCAGGAGGGGGACCCCUCUGCCUCUGAGCCAGCUGGUGGAGGAGAGGAGGAGCGGAACCAACUUUCCUAAUCAUCUACUGGACUCAAAAAUCUAUGCCAAACUGAAAAGCAACAGCCUGAUCCAAGCAGAGCCCCCAGAGCUUCACUUCAGUGGGUUCGAGCUGGGAAAAGAUUCCAAAAAGAUCCUGAAACUAAUCAACAUCUCGUCUGAAGUCAUGAAUAUUCAUGUGAUUCCCACCCAAACCAAGCACUUCCAAACAACUUACACCAAAAAGUAUCGACUCAUCCCCGGCCUCGCCUACAAACUGAAGGUCAGGUUUAGUCCCGACGAGUGGCGCUACUUCUAUGACUGCAUUCGGGUUCACUGCAAGGGAGAAGAGAACCUGUUAAUUCCAGUUCAUGCUUACCCUGUCAUCGAUGACCUGCAUAUCCCUCCUCAUAUCGACCUCGCAGCCGUACCACUUGGACAAAGUGUUUGCCGAGUUAUUCCUCUGAGAUGCAGCUGCCCCAUUGACUUUGAGUUCCAGGUGCGCAUUAUUCAGCCCCAUGAGGCCUUCUCCAUCCAGCCCCUUACAGGUGUGAUACCAGCCAACGGUGAGGAGAACGUCACUGUGACCUUCAGUCCUUUCCAAUACGAGACUUGUCAGGUCACCAUGCAGCUGAUCAUCUCACAGUUCAACACCAGACCGUUCCUCUGCACCGUCAGCGGGAGCUCCGCCCCUCACCUCACCCUCAGCGAGCUGGGAAGAAAGCCGGGUCAUGGAGACGCAGCGCCAGCAGAAUACAAAGCAGCGUCACCGUCCUCCCGACUGCCUCGUCCAAGUAAAACCAAACACAGGUCGAGCAAGGAGGCCGACAAAACAAAGGUGUUUAAUGAGACCCAGAGAGAUCAGGCCGGACUGAAGCCUGUGUUUGAUGUGUGCACCCCUGCAGGGGUGGCCAAGAUGCUGAUCAAAGACACCAAUAAACUCAGCUGCAGAGACCUGAGGGAAGCCAUGUCCUGUGGCAGUAUGGCUGGUCUGCAGAACAGGCAGAUGAAGGAGGCCCUCUUCUUAAAAAAGGUCCAACAAAAUGAGAAGGAAGAGCAGGCCAACCACCUCAAAUGGCAGGUUCAUCUGGGUCAGGAGCCUGCGUCAGAGCGCCACAGGAGGCGGAUAGCAGACGAGAGAGAGAUUGCACUUCAUGAAUACAUGGUCAAAAGGGGAGAUCUAUGGCAGGAGGAAGACUUUGCUGCUGGACCACCUAAACUUUCCUCCAGACGAGUGCUUUGUGAAGCCGUACAGGCCCCUGAGGGAGCCCCGUGCUUCCAGUUUUACCCCAGUUUUCAGUUUGAGCUGAAACAAAGAGCCCUCAGACUGUUCCAGCAAGCGGCACGCAAGAUAGUGAUCCGCUGUCGCAUGAACCGCAGACUGACCUGUUUGAAGAAACUGUCAGAGAAUAUGAAGACUUUGCCCUUGGCAACAAAAGAAGAAGAGCCAGCUUGUGAUCUGCAGAUCUCACGGGACAGAGUCUUUCCAUUUGCUUUCCCUGUUUUCUCUAAUGAAGAUAACCCGCUGGCUGCCAGUGGUUCGGUCACACUGCCUGUGGAGCCUCUUGAUGUGACCGUGACCACACGUAUUCCCUUCUUCAAGCUUCAAGUUCCGCAGCACUACAAGGUUCAGGGUUACCAGCCUGUGUCAGUCUGGGAGGCGUAUAACUCUUAUGUCCCCCCGACUUUGGCCAGACCACUUCGCACUGGACCUCCUGUAACUGAUGAGCUGGCGUCCUCGACAGGCGAGCCGAGCGUCUGUGAGGAGCAGCAGCAUGAAAAGAAAGAGGAGGGCGGUGAGACUGUCUGUCUGUCCUUCAGCGCCCCUGAAGCUCUGCUCAGACCUUUCCCUGCAAACCCACUCAGAAUCUUUAACCCAGCUCCAGGCCUGCAGACCUACAGACCGACCCCCAAGUACCUGGAGACCGAUCUGGAGUUCCACCUCUGCCCUCUGCCCAGGUAUUCAACCCCUGAGAGCAGCGUGGACGGUAGAGGGACACAAACUCCACACACUCACAAGAAGUUUCUGGACCCCAAGGAAGUGAUCCCGGGGCUCAUGAUAUGGAAGGAUUUUGGUUCAAUCACCCCAAAGUGUCUGUCCAAGCAUCCUGCUCUCACCUGGGACUCUGCCCCACGCAGGUCUGUGGACUACAACACCGAUAUUCUUCCACUCUCAGCGCCGCCUCCACUCCAUGGCCCUCCUGACGAUCUGCCACCACUAAUGGACCAACCGUGUGACGGCUCGAGGAUCCAGCUCACACCGGAGAUGAUCAGAGCCGUGUUCCUGUCUGGGGAAGUCUCCAAAACCAGCCUCAGCAGAGGAGCAGCAGCCAUGCAGCAGAGGGAGCUGCAGCUGGAGGCGACCUACAGGUCAGAGUUCAACCAGGUGGGACAGAGAGUGAUGAGGCGGCUGCAGCGACUCGGAGUCACCGGCACAACUUCACCAGGAAAGGACUGUGAACCCCCACACGCCUCCAAAUAGGCACACAGACACACAAACACACACAUCCUACUGGAGUCCACAUUGUUUGUGCUGCCACUUCUGUAAAAUGAAACCUGGUUACUUUCUCGCCUACGAAUAAGCCUCCCUCCCACCUUCUCAAAAUUACCAGUAAGCUUCCCUCCUGUGUUCCUACAAAGCCUGGAAAUUUGUUAUCCCUCCACCCACACACAUCCACACACAAGCAAAGCUGCAGCAUAUUCUAACAGCACAGUUAAAAAUCACAAUUCUGCAUUUCUGAGCUGCAGUUUAUGGUGUAUGGUGUAACAAAAUAUUACCAUUAAACUUUAAUAUAUUGCUAAAACAGAAGUGUCAUACAUGAUGGUAGCAAUUAGAUAUGAUGGAGCCUUUUUGAUUUAAAUGCAUUUGCAGGUUUCUGUAGGUUUUUGCACAGGUUGAAAUGCUAAUUGGUGUCAUCUCGAUCAAAAAUGUAACACACGUUCUUCAUAUUGAUUUCUAUUUAACUUCUAAUUUGUGCAGCUGAUUUGUAGUGUGUGUUAUUUAUCUGAAACAUCAGUUCAACAUUUAAAAUAUCAUAUUUAUGUAGUAGUAAAAAGAAAAAGCUGCUUAGGUCAGAAUUUAAUUACCAAAAGAGCUGACGUCGUGUGGAUGGUGGCCAGUGCAGUUUUUUCUACCUGCUCUCACCUCUAGAGGGAGCUCCGACUCUGUGAAGUUUGAGUUCAGAUGUUUCCACAUUUAUUUGUCCUUCAAUGAGUGUGUAUGUAUGUGUGUGUGUGUGUGUGUGUGUGUGUGUGUGUGAGUGUGCUCACUUAAUGGCAGUGUGCUUUGGAGGAAUACAGUAAAAGGACGUUGCUUUUUUGAACUCCCCUUCAAACACUCUUUAUAAAAUAGGGUCACAUUCUUCUGACACGGGGUUGAGCCCACACAGGAAUAGUGAGGCCUUUAGCCAAACGACUCCUCUGUCAGAAUACAGUGUGGUGACAGUAAAGGGUGGCCUUUAAAG